GGCUGUCGCUCCUGCCAUCUGCGCCUGCCUCCGCCUCGUCGCCUUCUGCCUUCCCGCUGCCCGCGGCCUCCCAACGCCACCAUGCCCCAGCAGCAGCAGCAGCAGCAGGGGAGGUGGCUUUCCUAGCCGGGCCGCCCGCGGACCCCCUUCCUUCCCUGGUUCCCCGCUCGCGCGCCCCUUUCCACCCUCCCGGCGGGGGAGGCUCCCGGGGUGUUUCUUCAAUGGGCAGUUUGCUGAGCGGGGUCAGCUUCAAGGAGCCCACCACGGUGGAGGACUGCGACUCUACGUGGGAGACGGACUCGGAGCCGGAGCUCCAGGAGCCCGAGCAUGGAGACGAAGGGCCGCCGCUGGAGGGACUGGGCGGCGGGGGCAGAGCAGAGGACCCCGCCGAGGAGGGACCCCAGCAGCAGCAGCAGCAGCAGCAACAAGAAGAGGACCCGCUCCCUGCGGCAAGUGCCCGGGCGGAAGACAUCGCGCACCGGGAAGAGGCAGAGGAGGCGGCAGUGGAAGACGAGCUGGAAGGGGAGGAUGAUGAGGGCGAAGACUGUGAGGAAGGAGCGGGCCGCCAAGAAGGAGAAGCUAUUAGCGUUGACCAGGGGGAUGAUGCAAUUGAAGUGACAGCUAAACCAAAGAGAAGCUUUUAUGCUGCAAGAGAUUUGUACAAAUAUCGGCACCAAUAUCCACAGAACUUUAAAGAUCUACGAUAUCAGAAUGACUUGUGCAACCUUCGUUUUUACAAGAAUAAAAUUCCCUUUAAACCUGAUGGUGUUUACAUUGAAGAAGUCCUAAAUAAGUGGAAAGGAGACUAUGAAAAGUUGGAGCACAACCACACUUACAUACAGUGGCUUUUUCCUUUAAGAGAACAAGGACUAAAUUUUUAUGCGAAGGAAUUAACAACAUAUGAAAUAGAGGAAUUCAAAAAAACAAAAGAGGCAAUUAGAAGAUUUCUAUUGGCUUACAAAAUGAUGUUAGAAUUUUUUGGAAUAAAAUUACUGGAUAAAACUGGGAAUGUAACACGAGCAUCUAACUGGCAAGAGAGAUUCCAGCACUUGAAUGAGUCUCAGCAUAACUACUUGAGAAUCACCCGUAUUCUCAAGAGUCUUGGGGAACUUGGAUAUGAGAGUUUCAAACCUCCCCUGGUAAAAUUUAUUCUCCAUGAAGCUCUUGUGGAAGAUACCAUCCCCAACAUUAAGCAAAGUGCUUUGGAAUAUUUUGUGUAUACCAUCAGAGACCGGAGAGAAAGAAGGAAGCUUCUGCGAUUUGCCCAGCAACACUAUACACCCUCUGAUCAUUUCAUAUGGGGUCCACCAAGAAAACAGAAAAGUGAAGGAAGCAAACCGAGCAAGAAGCUGGCAUCUCCCGUUUCUCUUCGCAACAGCUGUACUUCUCGACAUAAGAAAAGAGACUCCAAGAAUGCUCCUGCAUUUUGCAACUCAAGUGGCAAAUCGACUGAUGAGAAAAGGGCAGGAGCCGCACCUGUUGAAACUGAGGAGGAUCUCACUAGGAAACGUAGCAGCUCUGAGACUGCUAAGCAGAGUAGUGGUGAAAAGGACAGUGACCUUGAAUGUCAGAACUCCAAACAGGAAGGAACAGUCAGUCCUUUGCACCAAAAGGAAAAUAUUUCCCAUUUCAAAAAACAUAAAGGUAAAAAUGAUGAAAAUCUGAACCAAGACAGUAGAAAUCCCGGAGAUGUAGAAAAAGAUUCUUGCAGUAGUUAUUGUGGUCCAGCUGACACAUCAACUGAUCUGCAGGACAGUGUAGGUAAGGAUAAAAAUCCAGUGGGAUCAAACUCUUAAAGCAAAGAGGAGACUCCAGGAUUCAGACAUCCCAGUAAACCCAGUCUCCUGCUGAGAAUUACAAAAUGGUGGAUUCUUUUCACUUCUAUGAAACUGAAUAUCUUAGUUCUGGGCCUGAUGCCAAAUCUGUCAGUAUAGGCUUUAUGGAGUUGUAUGGCUUAUUUCAUUUGACUUGGUUUGCAUUUUUGAAAGGGGUGUGUAUUGUUGCUUAAAAACAACAUCAUAUUCUGAAUUCAGAAACUUUUGAGAAGUUUGCUCUCCCUUGGUUUUGUUUAUUUGUUCUGUCUCUUAAGCUACAGUUUAUGUUUUUGUAAACCUCAUGGUCCAGUUAGAUUUUUGAGGAGCUAGGGACUGGAAUGUCUCUAGUAUGUAAUCACUUGGCAUGCUGCUCUUUCCCAGUGUUUCUGCCAUUGCCUGAAAAUCAAAGUAGAUCUAGGCUGCACCCCCAUUUGAACAGCAGUAUUUGGCUUGAGUUCAAGUCCCACCUCUUGUGAAUCUCACUGUGAUACUGGGAAGAAAAACUACAUUCUCCCAACCUUGUUUCCACUUCUGUGAAAUGGGAAUAAUUUUUUUCUUGAGGUGGUGGUUGAAAACAAAUGCUAGAUGGUAAAUUGCUUUUUAAAUUGGAGAAAUUAAUGGUGAUAUUCACACCAGCACCCACUGUACUCAAAGUUUUUCACUGCUUCUUUCCCUAUCAUUUCUUUCAAUUCCCCCUUCCCCGGUGUAGUGUAUUUUCAUGGAUAUAAGGUUGGUUUGGUCAGGUCUGAAGUUGACUAGCUGACUUCUGGCAUGUUACUUGCUUUUCCUCUCCUUUCAGUAGGGUUGUUCUGAGGAUAAAAUGGGAUGUUGCCAUGUACACUGCUAUGAAUAAGUUUUGGUUCUUGGAAGAAUGUUGCAUUCAUAUUUCCUGUUCCUUUCUCUGUCCCCAUACUGUUUCUUCCCUAUUUGUGGGGUUUAAUCAGGCCAUGCUGAUGAAGGAGGAAUGCUGCUUUCUCUUCUGUUCUAUGCCAUUGUUUGUCAUUCUGGAAUAUACAGGGAACAGCCUAAGAUGAAAAAAGUUCCACUGAGAGCUGCACACCAGAUCCAGAUCUCUCUCUCUCAUCUUGUAUGAAUCCUUUUUUUUAGUUGCCCCUUCUCAAAAACUCAAAUGUUUCUUCCCAAUAGAAAAUGCUCAGGAAACAUUAUAGAUUUGUAGAGGAGAAACAGAGAACUUUGAGAAAGGAUAUGACUCACAGGACUCCAGAAGAAUGAGGGACUACUCUUUUAGAGGCAGAACACCUCUCCUUGCAAGUAAGCCCUUAGUUAGUUAUCCAUAUCAUUCUGCCAAGUAGCAAAGAGUAUUUUAUCACAAUGGUGUGAUGAGAUGGUUAUCUGUAUGGGUUCUCAAUUGGCUCCUUAGGUAAUACAAUCCUGUUUUGAUUGAAGUAGGCCUGUAAAGAUUUGUUAUGAAACUUUCUCCUGUCCAGAGCUGGAUUUACACAUCAGCUAAGGUAUAUCUUUGGCCCUGUAAAUAUGGAAAAGUAUUAAAAUUGCUAUUUUGGGUGA